AUGUUGGAAUUUAGAACACCACAACACCCAUCAUUAGGCACCAACUACUGGGGUGGUGCAUCUCCUAUGUUAGCUAGAGACAUACCCAAAGAAUCCUUGGAACAAAAGUACCUCAGAUUCAACAGCAUCAGGACACACGAUGAAAUCUUUCCUCCUGUGUUCAUACACUUGCCUCAAAACCCUAAACCAAGCAGGAAGGGACCCUUGUUAAAGCUGAUAUGGCCAGAUAAAAAGUCAACCAUGAAGAAGAAGAAAAGAUGGUUGCCUAAGCUUGACCCAAAGAGAAGAUGGCCUCAAGGUUGGUGA